GAAUGCUGCACCUCUGAUGUCUGGUUCCGGGCUCCUUCACUGUGGUUUCUGCUCCAAAUUGGUUUUAGGAGGUUUCUCGGCCUCCAUUCCCCAUUUGAAGUGAAGUGUAGUGGGAAGCAGGGCUGGGUCUCCAGGGUCAGGUUUCCCGGUGAAUGGAUCGGGAGACCCGCACCUUUGCCGAGCGGCACUACCGGGAUCUCGGGGGCCGAGUCCCUGGCUGCGACGGUCCCGCACCCCGCAGUGUGACCUUCAUUCAAGAGCCUGACGCCUUCUCCUACGCCGACUUCGUGAAGGGCUUCCUGCUGCCUAACCUGCCCUGUGUGUUUUCCAGCGCCUUCACUGAGGGCUGGGGCAGCCGGCGACGCUGGGUGACUUCAGCAGGGAAGCCUGACUUCGAGUACCUGCUGCAGAAGUAUGGAGACGCUGUUGUGCCAGUCGCUAACUGCGGAGUGCGGGAAUACAAUUCAAACCCCAAGGAGCACAUGCCCUUCCGUGACUAUAUCAGUUACUGGAAGGAGUACAUCCAAGGAGGCUGCUCCUCACCGCGGGGCUGUCUCUACCUCAAGGACUGGCACCUGUGCAGAGACUCCUUGGUGGAUGACUUGGAAGAUAUAUUCACCCUGCCUGUGUACUUCUCAUCGGACUGGCUGAACGAGUUCUGGGACGUCCUCAAUGUGGAUGACUACCGCUUUGUCUAUGCGGGGCCCAGGGGCACCUGGUCUCCCUUCCAUGCGGACAUCUUCCGCUCCUUCAGCUGGUCAGUGAACAUCUGUGGGAGGAAGAAAUGGUUGUUCUGCCCACCGGGGCAGGAGGAGGCCCUUCGGGACUGCCACGGUAACCUGCCCUAUGAUGUGACUUCCGCUGAGCUCCUGGACACUCGCCUGUAUCCCAGGAUCCAGCACAGCAGCCUACCCCUUGAAGUCAUACAGGAGGCUGGUGAGAUGGUAUUUGUGCCCAGCGGGUGGCACCAUCAAGUGUACAAUCUGGACGACACCAUCUCUAUCAACCACAACUGGGUCAAUGGCUGCAACCUGGCAAACAUGUGGCACUUCCUGCAGCAAGAACUCCAGGCAGUGCAGCAGGAGAUCAGAGAAUGGAAGGACUCCAUGCCUGACUGGCACCACCACUGCCAGGUCAUCAUGAAAUCCUGCACAGGGAUCAAUUUUGAAGAAUUUUACCAUUUCCUAAAGGUCAUCGCUGAGAAGAGACUUCUUAUCCUGAGGCAAGGACUGAAGGGGGAUACAGGGGACAAGCCAGGCCUAGGGCUGAACCUGCAGCAGGCUGCAUUUGAUGUUGGUCGCCUUGCAGAUGUGCUGGCCUCUGUGAUUGCACAUAUUGACUUUCAGAGAGUGGACACCAGUGCAUUCUCACCACAGCCAGAGGAGCUGCUUCAGCAGCUGGAGGACACCAUGGCUGCUGCUGAGGCCCUUUAGUAGUUUAUAUAGGACAUGAUGUAGGGAGAAUUCUGAAGGGUAGCCUCUUGCCUAAGGGCCCUUCUGAAGUACAGGCUACCCUUCCUUGACGCCUAGGAUGUGCCCCAAGGCAGUUCUUGCAGGGUGGGCAGACAAAGUCUUUCCAUCUGAUGCUGUUUCCUGUCAUCUAGGCCCUGGAUCUCUAGGAGGGUCCAGCCAAAAUGAGAGUUUAACUCAUGGGGGCUAGAGGGAUGUUCACCCAUUUGGCCUAUAGCAAGCCUGCCAAGAACUUGAAUUGAGUAGUGAUCAUGAAACCAGAUUUCCUUGAUGACUUCCAGCCUCUCCUAGUGAUCCUAGGACUUCUGAGUGGUGGAUAUUUGGUCUGCUACCUUGGAGGUGUCUCUGUGUGACCUGGGACAUAGAGAUGUAUAUAUGCAGUUGCCUUCCGAGCCUCUUCAUCCUCUAGUUCUGUCCUGGGCGCUCCAGCAGCUGGGCUAGAAGAGUUAACUAGGGUAGGGCAAGUUGCAGAGGACUUCUUUUUCGAGACGGGAGACGGGGUUUCUCUGUAUUGUUUUGGAGGCUGUCAGUCCAGCCCAGCCUCAAGCUCACAGAGAUCCACCUGCCUCUGCCUCCCGAGUGCUGGGAUUAAAGGCAUGCGCCACCACCGCCGGCGCAGAGGACUUCUUAAGCUGUGUGUUGUUCCCCUAUGGCUGGAGGCACAGUGCUAGGUGACUGAAAAACCCAAGUACUGGUCUAGCCAAGUCCCCAGGAUGGAAAUGAUGGUGCAGGAUUAAGGGAAAGUGGUAUUAUUCCCCCAUAGCACUCCUUCAAGGCCUGGGUUCCUAUGCUAGCCAAUCUUCUGCCCUAAAGGGCAUAGGCCCAAAUCCAAAGCAGAAGUAUAGGGAUUCCUGUAGAGGAGACGGAUACACCGAGUCUCAGGCAGUACCCUCUGUUGACUGCACCCAUUGCCUAUGCAUGUUCUCUGAGAUGGAGACAAGCCAUUGCUUAAUGACCUACAUGGGGCCACAUAAUAUCCUAUACUUCUGGCACCUGCAUGCCACCAUGUUCGCUUUGCUGUUUCGAGGAGUAGGGAUUGUGGCUGAGAGCAGAGGUGCACAGCCUGUGUGAGAACCAGCCGCUUACUCUAGGCCCCAGCAUGGAUUACCAGGAUGAGGCACAGCUAUACAUACAGUGCUGGACAUUUUUGGAGACAGAAGCUUUGCCUAAACCUGAAGCCUUCAUGGUCUGAGGUGGGGCCUCACAGGAAAUUAUAAGCAGAGUUGGCCACAGCCUUUGUAGAGGUCCUAUGCAGGGCCUGGUGCCAGGGAUACACCCUGUCAUUCGUAGGAAAACCCUCUGGGUGAGGCCUCCUGGGGGUAUUUUUGGAGGAGCCACUUGAGGCUUAGAGUACUCACUCUUUUCAAGGCAUAACUGCUGGUGCCCUGAAGAGUGGCACUAAUGCUAAUUUACCCUGUGAGCUGCAGGUCCUACACAGACUAGAUAAGUGUAAGCACUUGGGUAGGGACAGGGCACCUGCAUCUCUGCCCUGCCUGCCACAAGGAGCAGGUCUCUUCUUGGUUGGGACUGCUGGGGAGCUGCUGGAGCUCAGUGGCUAGGAGGCUAUCUCUUGGUGUUAGAUGUGGAAUCAGUGGCAAGAAAAUUAUUAAUGACUUCAAUCUCUUUGCCAGCUAAAUAAUAACACCUCUUGUUUCAGAACCUUUACCAACAACAUUGUUCCAGGGAGUCCUCAAACAUGACCAGGCAGAUAAGCUUGCCUAGGCUCUGCCUUUGAGCUCCUGGCCAGGGGUGUAGUAUCUGGGUCUCUGGUUCCUUUCCUGUGUGGAGACACAUCACACAAGUGGCCCAGCAACUUAAUGGGAGCAGUUUACUCCUUACUAAAGAUUGGCAGAAUUAAGACAUUUAGCACCCUGGGCCUUGUGUGACAGACAGUAGCUAUUAUGUACUCCCAUGACCAUCAUAACUAGAAUGAUAGUAAAUCCCCAGUCAGGUUACCAAGCCUGGAGCGGGCCCAUGCUACACAGCUCAGCAAGUAAAGGUGCUUGCUGUGCGAGUGAACCCUGGAAUCCAUGAGAAAGUGGAAGGAGGUGUGGGGGGUGAGGCCUGUCAUCUACCUCUCAGACUGCCAAAACCCUAGCUUGCACCAAGGCUGCCACAAUUUGAUGCUUGUGUAAGGGCAGCUCAGUAGCUGUCUGUCCAGCCUGGAUUGUUGCCAUUCUUGUUGCUGAUUCUUGUAGCCAAAACUUAGUUUUUCAUGAUAUAUAAUCUCCUUGUUUGGCCUUUGCAACUUCAUGUUGCCCCAAAUACCAUGGAUACAACCUUAGUUACUGACAUGUGUUCUCAUUGUGACACUGCUGUUCACAAGAAGUAACGUCUUUUGGAAGAUUAUUUGGAUUGACAGUUAAAUAUCCUCUACCUAGUUAUCCUAACAUUUGUAAAGCAUUAAUGAAAGAAAAACAUCCUAAUCCCAAGAAGGGCUUCUUCUCUGCAAUGUGACUCCUGGGUCCAACCCAACUAUUGACCAAGGUGUUCAACCUGUUUGCAGAAAGAGACAAGUCCCCACUGGUCAAAAUCUGACUAAGGGUGAUGAGUGGGUUCCACAGCUAUUCUAAACAGUUGAGAUGUAAUAAGAAAAAUGGGCAAAAUGCAAGUAAGAACACUAAUGAUUUACUAUGAAGGAGAGAGCUAUAACCAUCUCUCCACCAGUCUGGCUUCUGUUCCCCAUUGUCACUAUCCCAUUGUGAUCCAGAAAUACUAAUUAGAUGAAAACAGAUAUUUUGACCACAUUCAUACAAAUUAUUAUAUUGUUACAGUUCUAUUAUGACUCAUUUCUUACUGUGCUUUAAAAAUUGUGAUAGGAGCUGGGUGGUGGCACAUGCAUAUAAUCUCAGCACUUAAGGCAGAGGCAAGCAGAUCUUUAAGUUCGAACUCAGCCUGGUCUACAGAAAAAGUCCCAGGAUAACCAAGGCUGUUACAGAGAGAAACCCUAUCUUAGGAAAAGAAAAGUUUUAAUUCUAAGUUGAAUUUUUAUUGAUUUCAUCCACUCUUAGCUGAAAUGAACAUCUAAGAAUUAACUCCAAAGCUCAUUUGAAACUAAAAGAAAAGGAAUCAGAUGGAGUGGUCUCUAAAUAAAAGCUUAGACCUUAAUUUCACUUGAAAAGUUUGGUUCAGAGCUUACCCAUGACUAAAAUAGCCUAUGAACAGAUUACCUUAACCUGUUCCAUUUUGUCAUAAAUAUAAUUAAGGUUUGUAUGCCAGAGUAUAUCUCAAUAUUGCUCUGUGUUCUGGUUGGUUUUUGUCAACUUGACAUAAGCCUAUACAUAUCUGAGAAUAAAGAAUCAUAAUUAAGAAAA